UUGGCAGACCAGGAAACCUAUCUAUCUUUUGCAACUUACUUUUUAAUGUUUGACAUUCGUGCAAGUCAUCUCUGUCGUUCGAUUCGCUAGCGCCCGGCGCUUCGGCUUCUGCCUUCCAGUCUUUUUAUUUUUUUUCUCCGUUCUGUCCCGUUAUACUCUUCUUCUCCAUCCAUUUUUCUUUUCGUUUUCUUCCCCAGCUCUCUUAGUGUUCGUUCCGUGGCGUUUUUCAGAGGAGUGCUAAGGUUUCGAUGAACCGAUGAUUUAGGUUCCCCAGAUUUUUGUAGUUCUCUUCUGCGUUUUCUCCGUCGUUUGUGGCGGCGUAACCUAGGUUUGGGCGCAGCUGAUUUCCCUGCGCAAGUUCGAGGUCGAUAGAGUUGUUUUGCUAGUGCUAGCACUUGUUCUUGUGUUCUGAUCUUUUGUUUGUUGUUUCCUGUAGAUUCUUUGGUGCUUCGUUUUGGCUCAUUUCGCUAGUUAUGGCCCCAAAGUGGCGAGGAGGUCGACUGGGUUCUACAUCAGUUCGAUUGGAUGGCUGUUCUCCCAUCUUAGAAGAUUCUGUUGGUACUUCUGUGAGAGUAACAAGGUCUCUCAGUUCUCGUCGUCCUAGCCAAUCGUGAGUUGCUGCAGCAACUUCAAUUGAUGAGUCUGAUGAUUAUGGUGAUUGUAAGCAUAUCAAGAUGUAGUGGUCUACUGCUCGUGUUUCAAAAUUUGUCAAGACUCUUAAUUGAAAACAAAAGGAUUUCUUAGUGAAGAAUGGGUUUGGAUUUGUUCUUGACAUCAAAAGUUUUAGGUUCCUGUUGGUUUCAUUGAGUGGGUAAUGUCUAAUACUCAUGUUACUUCCCAUGAGUUCAUUUUCGACCAGAAGUGUAUUCGUUUCACUAGAGAUAUGGUUAUCAAAGUGUUAGGGGUGCCUUCUGGAACAACUCCAGUUGAAGUUGAUAGCUCGGAUUUUGAGGUUGAAGCUCUUGUUGAGCAGUACAAGUCUGAAUACAAAGCUGUCAAAUACUUUAUGUGUUGUCUCUAUUCUUUGAUGAGUCUGGAGAGUUUAAGCAAGUGUGACUGGGCUGAAGAGAUUUUGCAUGUAAUUAUGCAUGGAGUUCGUCGCUUUCAUACUUUGAGGGAUUGCCUAGGCUGUGCAGUUGCUACGAAAACAUUUCUACAUGAAGGGAUGUCUACCUUUUCUAGCUAUUUCUUGGAUUUGCCUCAAGGUAGUGCUCAUGUUCAUGAGCUCAACUACAGUGUUCCAAGAAUUUGUCAUCUGUCGUCUUCUGAUUUUGACUUUGUUAUGGAAAUAGACAGAAACAAUCGUGCUCGGCCUCAUUGCUAUGGAAUACGCCCUUUCCAAGAUAUAUCUGCAACUCCAUACUGCACGAUUGAACCAGUUGUGCAAGCAAAUUCUAGAAUUUUUCUUCAUGCUGAUGUUCAGCGAUUAGCUGAUAAGCACAAGCUAUCAGUGAAAAAUGAUAUUGGAAUUCUGGUUAAAAUAUUGACUGAAAUAAGUGACAAUCGUAUUACAAGUUGUGCGGUUGAUUUCAACAGUGUAUACAUGUCAAAAAUUGCUGAAUCUGAACAUCUUCAAGCUUCUGCUGCCAAUGCCCAAGCAACCCAUGUUUCUGAUGCUUCACAUGUUCUUCCAUUUCAAAUGCAAAUGUUAAUUCUGGCAAUUCUGCUGGUUAUGAUAUUUCUGGUGCGUCUAUGUCUCGUUCUGGCAAUUUUCGUGAUCGUAGCUAUGAUCAACCUAUUAACGAUUCAUCUCUGCCAUCAGACGGUCCAUGUCUUCAUCCUCAAGGUGGAGUUAUCCGAGCUGUUUCCUUUGCAUCUCCUGUUUGCACUAAGUUCAAUGAAAAAUCUGAUGACCUUGUUCAUUCACAUCAACCUGUUAGUUCUAAUGUUAUAUGUUAUUGUUGAAUCCAUAAAUUGUGACGGUGAAUCACUUCAAGAGAAAAAUGAUAUUAUGCAAAAUAUUGUUGCUGCUACUAUUGAAGAAGCUGGUUCUAAGUCUAUGGUUCAAGUAGCAAACUCUUUGCUUGAUGGUUUACAAAUUGAUACAACAACUCCGCUUGAAGUUAGGCAGCCUCUAUUUGAUUCCAACUGUGGUGACAAUGAAUCUGGUUCUAAGUCUAUGGUUCAAGUAGCCAACUCUUUGCUUGAUGGUUUACAAAUUGAUACAAUAACUCCACUUGAAGUUAGGCAGCCUCUAUUUGAUUCCAACUGUGGUGACAUUGAAUCUGGUAUUGCCAUUGCAAUGGGUUAUGCAUCCCCCAGUGCUUCCAUAGUUGAUAAAGUCUUGGUCCUAGUACUAUUGAUUAUAAAAUCGCAAGAAAAGAAAAGCAGCAGAUCUGUAUGAUGAUGAGAUUGCACCACUCAUGGUUAAAGUGGAUGAUUCUGUUCAAGAUUUUUAUGAUAAGUUUGUCUGCAAGAAUGGUGUUAGGUAUUCAAGAGUCAAUAAAAACUCUCCUUUUGUGAUUGUUGGUGACCUCCAUGUUACCUACAAAGAAUUUCAAGAAUCUAUGAAGAAAUAUUGUGAUAUAUCAGAGACAUUGAUGGCAGUUUACUGUGAAGUGUUCAAUGGAAGACCUGAGAAAUAUUUAUUUGACAAGGACAAUCGGAAGAAAAUUUCUUUCUCUCCCUUUUUCACGAAAAAAUUGUUUGUGACUCCUCUAUUCAAAUCUUCUGAAUGCAUUGAUGAAUUGAAGCAAUUGAAUAAUGUGCUAAAUAUAAAAAGUGCUGAUCUGGUAUUUUUCCCUGUCAUAAUCCAGCGUCAUUGGGUUCUUAUGUGUCUGAAUGUUCUUCAUUCAAAUUUGAAUUUAUUUGACUCUCUGAAUUUAACAUCUCAUGAAGAUAGUGAGCGGAUGCUUAAAAAUCAUUCAGCUAAUUUCUCCACUGCUUGUAUUGAUGCCAAUUUGUUUCCUCCUUGGUUUUCUCAAUUUCCUUUCAAGGGUCCUUCUAAAUAUCCUCAGGAACAUAUCAUAGGUCUUAGUGUUGAUUGUGGAUUCUACUCCAUUGCUUAUAUGGAUGCAUGGGAUGGUUUACAUAUGAAAGACUUUGAUCAGAAAACUGUGAUUGAAUACAAAAAGAUUGUUGCCUACAAGAUUUACCACUCCAAACUCAACAGAAUAUGUCCUGACAAUGAUACUGUUCGAGUUUCUCCAAAGCGACAAAAGAAGAACUGAUAGUGCUGAAGAUGUUCUGUAAUUUUAGGGCCACAUGAUGAUCUAUGUAAAUAUAUCUCUAUAUGUAGUUAUGGCUAGAUGGACAAGUUGUUAUGCACUCUUAUGGCUAGAUGGUGAAGUUGGACAAGUUGUUAUGCACCCUUAUGGCUAGAUUGUGUAGUUUUUAUGCACUCUUAUGGCUAGAUUGUGAACUACGUUUUCACCCAUAUUUUGACUCGUUGUAGUGGCAUAUGUUGCGAAAUUUUACUGAACUUGAAUGAAAUGGUCUUGUUUCUUGUUAA